AUGCAUACCAAAUUGAACCAUAAGUAUUUGAGCAUGCAACAACUGUCGCAAAAGAUUGCUGCAAAGGUGAAAAAGGUUUCCAAACUAAACAUUCAAGUGGAGAAGAAAAACGCAGCUCUAAAGGAACUAAAAGCUGAGAUUCAUGGACUGCGAGUGAACAUGGCCAGUUUGAAGAACGAUCGACUUGAAUUUCUGUUGAACGAUCUAGAUGAUAAGUUUAUAAUACCCGAUUACCACCAUUUUAAGGAUUGUGAAGCACUGGAAGAUCUGAUAAGGCUACUGAACAACUCAUUCGACGUCAUGAACGCUUGGCGACCCGCCGAUGGAAUCACAGAGACAAAUUGGAAUGGUGCAGAUGGUCGUCGCGAAGUUUUGAGUAAUUUAUAUCAGUGUCUAGAAGAGACAAAAAUAGCUGCCUGUGGUAUUUCGCCAAGUAACGAGUUGGAAGACAAAGUUCUAUUGUGUGGAGAUUCCCAGGACGAUUUUCAUAGUAAAUCAGAGGAGCAACUCAGCUUGAUUAAGAAGCCGCCCGUCGUUGACAUCGAUUUGGAAUGGGGUUCUUGGGCUGCCACAGUAUACAGUCAUACGUGGAAGUUUCUUUACUCCAAUAUUACUCUAAAUGGUUUGAGAGUGACAAUAAUGAGUACUAUAGACGUGGUCGAGCUUCAUCUUCGUGAGAACUACAGAUACGUUCUAACAGAAAAACUGAACCAAGACUGCAUCGAGCGUUUUUUUUUAAUUAUCCGAAUGAGCGGUCGCUGUGGUGAUAAACCAACUGCGGCAUCAAUCCUCGAACUAUUUCGGCUGCUGACACUAUAUUACACAACCAAGCAGGUGUUGCGUGGGGCCAACUGCGGCGGCGAGGAAAGAAGUGUUGUCUUGACAUCAUACAGCUCAUGCAUUAAGAAACGAUUCAGCAAUAAUAAGAAGCUGAUGAAAGAAAAACCAGACUAUAUCCGUGAUAUCCUAUUACAGGGUAUCAUGCGUGAAAUGGAUCUCGUAGACAGUGCGGAAAAUGAAGACCUCUCUACCGAAAAUGAUGACACCUCUACUACCACACAGACUCCUGCUUCCUCCAAAAUAGAUGUUCUUGAUUGCAACAUCAUCUACUAUUUUUGUGGGUAUAUGGUACAUUCAUUCAGGCAGAAGGGUAGACGGGUGAACUCUUCCUUUUGUCAAAGUUGUCUCGCAACCGUAAACAUCAGUCCAGAAGAACUACCAGUGAAUUUCACAGCUUGUCAACUGACCGAAAUCAAAAAGCGUGGUUAUCUGAUUUUCUCCUCAUACAAAAUUUUCCAACUUAUUUGCGUUGUAGAGGAGAAUUUCCUUAAAUUAGCUAAGCAUGAUCGUAUUUUUAUGAAAAACUCAUAUGAAGCAAUACUACUGUUAAUAUCUGGGGCCAAACUUUCAUUGAUUGGAUGUGUGAUGUAUCGAAAGAGUCUAAUUUCGGACGUCAUUUUUCAAUAUCUCACUUUAAGAUUUCGAUGCUUUGGCAAGAAAAGGUUUGUUCAUAUUCUCGAAAAGAAACGCGGUGAAGCACACGCAAGGAUGAAGAUGAAAAAAUUAAGAAAAUUUGCUAGAAAAUGAGUUACAGUUUCUUUAUACUGUUACCAUGUGAUAUUUACCAUACUGCAAUCAUGUGCUUGAUAUUGUGAUGUGUGAUGUGAUAAUAUUGCGAUAGAAUUCAAAUUGAAUUCAAAUUAAAUACUGCCAAAAUACAGAUAUUUUAACCAGA